AUGAGCAAAGUGCGCGAACAGUUGCUAGCUCUUCUGAGCUCAGGAAAAUACUCAGACCUCGUCAUUACUUGCGGCAGCGACACGCACAAUGUGCAUAAAGCCAUCGUAUGCACCCGCAGCGGCUUCUUCGAGAGAGCAGAAACCUUUGCCGUCGGCCGUGAAGCCGCCGAGUCGAAAAUCGACCUCCCAGAGGACGAGCCCGCCAUCAUACGCCUCCUCGUGCAAUUCCUCUACGAGUGUGCAUACGACAUCCAUCCCCCUGUCCGCAGCCUCUCGUCGUCAGCUCCACAAGUGCAGCCCUGGUUCCCUCACUCCUGCCACACAAGAGGAGCGCAGUACUCGCUACACUUCCCGUGCAAAAAAGAGCUCUGCGAGCACCAUAUAUGCGGCACGCAUUGUAGGAGUAAAUGUAGCGACUUCACCUGCUCUGUCUGCGAUGACCUGCGCCCUCAUCGAUCAGCUGCUGAAUACGCCUCACGCCUCCUGGUGCAUGCGAAGAUGUACGAGGUCGGCGAUAAGUACCAGGUCACUGGGUUGAAGGAGCUGGCGCGUGAAAACUUCCAGGCGGCGUGUGCCGUGUCCUGGGAUGAUGAGCAAUUUGCUGUUGCGGCUAGGCAUGUGUUCACUUCGACGCCGGAGUCGGAUGGGGGGCUGAGGGGGGUUGUUAUGGAGGUGUUGAGGGCGCGUAGGGGUGUUUUGACGAAACCGUGUGUCGGGGCGUUCUUGAGGCAGCAUCCUGGGGUUAUGUAUGAGCUCUUGGCUGGGAAUGCUGGCAUGUGAUGAAGGUUGCGCCAGGGAGAGGUGAUUUUAGGAGGGAAAAUGCUUGGGCGUCGGAUAAUGAUGUUUGCGAAUGGGAGGCUAGAUGCAGGUCAGUGCAUGGAGGUGGGAAAGUCUUUCAGAAUGCAGUAACUUUGAAUUGAGCCUAGUAGAAGUUAUUGCACGGCGUUUCUUGUUUUGCAUCGACGCUCCUAGGCAAAACGAAUUCCGCCAGGGCGAUUUCACACGUGAGGAAUUCCAGGUACGACCUUAUCCGCUCGUUUGGUGGUGUGUCAAUAAUGCGCAACGUCAUGUUUCUGACAAUAUCGCAAGUGCGAUCUAUGUUUGGUUAAAAGCUUUGGAAGAAGGAAUCACACCCGACAUAUUCAUGGAGUGGAUAGGAUGG